CUACGUCACUGAGUACAAGAAUGCAGUCUAUUGACAAGCAUUGAAUAGUGCAAACGACUGUGAUGAGGAUUUAAAUAUGUGCUCUCAUAAUUCUCAAAAGAAUCGCUAAAAUGGGAACUUAAAGCGAGCAAAAGAAAUGCGAGCACUAUCCUUAGACUCUUUGCAAGGGACCUACAGAAAAGCAGCUUCCACAAUGGGUUCGAAAGGAGAAAUUUAGUCGCAGAUAUUUGAAGCUUGCUGUCGUGACUAAGGUCAACAAAGAGUUUCAAGAGUGUGUCACCCUCAAGCGUGGGUUUUCGUCAAUCGAGGAGACAGCCCAAAUUAGCCCAAGAGGAUAACGGAGAUUACGACAAGGAAUGAGUAGUAUAUUGCCUGUCGUCAGAUAGUCGAAAUAAGUCGCCAGAAUGAUAAGAAGGGACAUAACUGAUGACGAGAAUAAGAGCACACAGUAGCAGUUGUGCAAAGGAAAUUGGGUCAACAUUAACAUGGCUACUUCCAACGGUAGUCUAGUUGCCGUGACAGGGGUAGUUCUACAACUACUCUUUCUUUUUACAUUUUCACGUGGACAGGGCCCAGGGACAGUCGACCCCGUUCAACUGCAGGUGCGGGAAAAUGUCGCUAUCGGGUCAACGGUCGGGGAUAUACCAACUCUUCCGAAUUUUACGUACGUCCUUAGUGAAAACCCAGGAAAUUUAUUCAGUCUCAAUCCCAACACAGGGAUUCUAAAAACUGCCUCGAAUAUUGAUAGAGAAAACUUGCCUACAGAGAAUCCUGUGAAAAUUGUCGUUUUAAGCAGCAGUCCUAUAUAUUUUAUUGAUGUUUUUGUGGAGGUUUUAGAUGAAAAUGAUAAUUCCCCAGUUUUUCCACAACAAAGUAUAGCCAUAGAGUAUUCAGAAGCCGCAGCUAGCGGUACACAGGCAGUUCUAAGGACAGCCACUGAUCCUGACUUAGGAUUAAACUCAGUAACUUCACAAUACACAAUAGUCUCAGGCAAUGAAGAUAACAAAUUUCGGUUAGUUGUCUUCUCAGAGGCAUCCCAACCAUUUUUAUAUGUGGAAAAUCUUGUGACUUUAGAUCGUGAGGAGAAAGAUUUUUAUCAGCUCAACAUAUCUGCCCAAGAUGGUGGGAGCCCUCCAAGAUCUGGCUUUCUGCUUGUUAAUAUCACAAUAACUGACAUUAACGACACCCCUCCAGUGUUUGACCAGAGUGACUAUGCUGCUCGUGUGAAUGAAAGUGCCCCAGCUGGCACCACUGUGAUACAAGUCCGAGCCACUGACAGAGACAUGGGGUCAAACGGAGAUAUCACAUACUCUGUGGUAGAUGAUACAGUUCAGUUUGCGAUAGACCCGAAAACUGGAGUGCUGACCACGUUACAGAAACUACAGUGUACUGCCAGGUGUGCUACAUGUAAUAAUAGCUGCAUAGUCACAGUGGAGGCAAGAGACAAUGGCCAGCCUCAAGCCUUACAGGGAAGGGCUUAUGUUACCGUGAGCCUCAUAGACGAAAACGACCAUGAUCCUGUCAUAUCAUUCAAGUACAUUCCUCAAACUGCGAAAAUGGCCUCAGUUUCUGAGAGUGUGCCUAAGGAUAGCAUUGUAGCUUUUGUGUCAGUCAGUGACAAAGACCAGGGGGUGAAUCAAAACACCUAUGUCCGUAUUAUACACGGGAAUGAACUGAACCACUUUUACAUGGUUUCUCCCAUUCCAGGCUUGCACUUAGUGCGUGUUAAUGGGAGCUUGGAUAGGGAAAGGAUUAAAGUGUACAACCUCACAAUCCUGGCCCAAGAUGGGGGUAGCCCACCCAGGUCCUCUACUGCUCAUCUUAUCAUUCAUGUCAGUGAUGAAAAUGACCAUCCCCCUGUAUUUGAAAAAACCAACUAUGUUGUAAAUCUCAGUGAGCUUGCCCCAGUGGGGAGUUUUGUAGCAGGACUCACAGCCACUGAUAACGACACGGAUAUCAACGCACAUAUCACAUAUACAAUAGUGUCUGGCAACCAGCAGCAGUGGUUUCAGCUUGAUCGUAACUCCGGACUCGUCACCACACGACGUCCACUCGACCAUGAGACCGUGUCACAAGUCACCAUGAAUAUUUCCGCCCAAGAUGGUGGGUCUCAGCCUUACAUAUCAUUUGCCUCUCUCAAAGUAUACAUUCAGGAUGAAAAUGACGAAGUGCCUCAGUUUGAGGAACAAAUCAUUCAUGCUAGUCUCGUAGAGGGCACAGUUUCUGCCUCUCUAGUCACUGUUCUCACUGCAACAGACAGGGACUCUGGAUCCAAUGGAAGUGUGCAGUAUGUGUUUGCACCCAGUGUUAAUUCUCAAUACCCUCAAACUUUCUCCUUGUCCCCUACCACAGGGCGAUUGGAAACAACCAAAGUAUUAGACAGAGAAACAGUGCCUUUUUAUACGCUACAUGUAAUAGCUAGAGAUGGGGGAACCCCUCCCCUGUCAGCUACUGCUACAGUUUAUCUGAAUGUGACAGAUAUCAAUGACAAUUCUCCUGAGUUUUAUCCUAAGAGGUAUUAUACAGCAGUGCAGGAGGGUAUGCCCCCUCCAGUGCAAGUACAGCAGGUCACAGCCACCGACUUGGAUGAGGGGACCAAUGCCCUGGUGAGGUACGCCAUAGAAAAUGGCAAUGCCGAUGGAAAGUUCACAAUCGAUGCUGUCAGUGGGGUUAUCAGUACCACACAGGAGCUAAGGCAAAGCCAAGGAACCAGGUACAAUUUGACUGUGUCUACCUAUGAAGUAGCUAAUCCAUCUGUGAAGCACUUUGCCACUGUUCUUGUCUCUGUCACCAUUCCUGGGAGUUCAGGUCCACAGUUUUCCACGUCAUCCUAUAGUUUCACCAUAAUGGAGGAUACAGGAAACCAGUUUGUCCCUCGGAAUGUAGGCCAGGUACGAGUCACUGGCUCAGUCACAGGAGUCACCUUUGAAAUAGCUGACGGUGAUCCAAAGGGGGUAUUUUCUAUUGGCCAGAGCACAGGAAAUAUAAUCACAGCAAAGAUUCUAGACAGAGAAAUGCAGCCUUUCUAUACCCUGAAGGUCAUAGCAAGUGAUGGCACCUUGUUCAGUGAAAGUACAGUCCACGUGACUGUCACAGAUGCAAAUGAUAAUGCUCCACAAUUCCCAGCCAACAGGGUAGAGGUUUCUAUGCCUGAGAAAUUACAAGUAGGGCAUAAGGUUUAUCGUGCCGAGGCAGUAGAUGUGGAUUAUGGCUCCAAUUCUGAACUAUCAUACAUCCUUACCUCUGAUGCUAAUGGUACAUUCUCCAUAGGCCAAUCAACAGGGGUGAUAGAGCUGGAGAAACCAGUAAGCUGGACCCGUGGGGGAGUAAACUCAUUCACUGUUCAUGUUACUGUUAGAGACAAAGGGCUGCCACAAAGAUCGUCCAGCAUGGAAGUGACCAUUAAUGUUAUAGAUGUGAAUGACCACACCCCAAGUUUUCAGCAGUCGAGAUACGAGAUCGCUGUGAGUGAAGCCCUUCCUGUAAAUUAUCGUUUCUUCCAAGUGACAGCAACAGAUGCCGACGGCGGACAGAAUGGAGAGGUAGUAUAUAACAUCACUAGGGGAGGCACAGCCUUCUUUAAGAUUUUCCCUGAUGGUGUGUUGUAUAUAGCCCAGGAAUUGGAUCGCGAAGCUCAGGAAAUUUAUCAUCUUACCAUUAAAGCUGAGGACAGGGGUACUCCCUCUCGUAGCUCAUUUGUGAAUGUAACCAUACACGUGCGUGAUGACAAUGACAACCCUCCACAGUUCACAAAUUCUUCCUACGUCAUGCAGGUAUACGAAAACAGUGAGGCUGGCACCUACAUUGGCUCUGUUAGCGCCACAGAUAGAGACACGGAUCGCAAUGCUGAGCUCUUCUAUUUCAUCUCAAGUGAUCAGACAGAUUUCACCAUCAAUCCAACAACUGGAGCCAUUUCAACAUUAAGAUCAUUCGAUCGAGAGGAAAUCAGACGCCAAUUUCUCCAGGAUUAUGUCAUGUUUGAGGUCACUGUAAUGGACAAUGGACUUCAUAGGCUGCGGGAUACAGCCACUGUGGAGGUGCGCAUCAUAGAUCGAAAUGACAACGCCCCAGUUUUUACACACAUAUUGUAUGAAGCUACAGUAUUUGAAAGUGCGCCUGUAACAACUUUAGUUCAGAAAGUGACAGCUAACGAUCAAGAUCAGGGAGUAAAUGGACAAGUGUCAUAUUCCAUAGAAAGUGGGAAUGAGGACGGGGUUUUCAGUCUGGAUCCAGGUACAGGGGACAUCAAGGUGGCAGGUCAGCUUGACCGUGAGACCAAUUCCACCUAUACACUGAUUGUCAAUGCAGAGGACUCUGCUGACUCGCCAUCUUUUACUGCCACCGCCACUGUGAGAAUCACUGUUCUGGAUGCCAAUGAUAAUAGCCCACAGUUUAUCCACACUACACUGAGAGCUGAUAUAAGUGAAACGGCAACCCCUGGGGAAUUCAUCACCCAGUUUUCAGCCACAGAUGCCGAUAUACUCAACAAUGCUGCAAUACAGUUCAGCAUUGCAAGUGGUAACACAGACAACACAUUCAACCUGGAUGCCAAGUCUGGCAAGCUUUACCUACAGAAGAAGCUGGACUAUGAACAGACCCCUCAGUAUCUGCUAGAAAUUAUGGCCAGUGACAGAGGAAGUCCUAGACAGGACACAACAGUUAUUUUUGUUGUCAGUGUUCAGGAUUCCAAUGAUAACUCUCCCCAGUUUUCCACACAGCCUGCAGUGUUCCAUGUUGCUGAGAAUAACAACCCCAAUAUCCCUGUUGCAGUUUUAACUGCCACCGAUUUAGACUCUGGAACCAAUGGAGAAAUAAGAUAUUCCAUCCUCCAUCAGGACCCUGUUGGUGACUAUUUUGACAUUAAUCCAACUUCUGGACAGAUAAUUGCCAAAAAGAGAAUAGACAGGGAGUUGAUUGGUCGUUUUAACCUCACAGUUAAAGGAACGGACCAAGCCACACCUGUGAACACACGUAGAUCAUCACUGAAAACUGUCACUAUCUUGGUUGAUGAUGUGAACGACAACGCCCCAGUUUUUACAUCACUAACAGCAGCGGCGGUGUCUGUGCUGGGACAGGCAGGGUCUCAGGUCAUGAAUGUGCGUGCUGAAGACCCCGACGCGGGACCUAAUGGGGUUGUCACGUACACUCUGUCAGGAGGAGAUACAAACUUAUUCACCCUACAGAGCAACACGGGUGUCCUCCUCUUAAAAUCAAGCAUCCCGAGUUCGCGUCUCAAAUACUCCGUCAGUGUGACAGCAACAGACUCCGGCACCCCGAGACUUUCUUCAACGUCAACCAUCGAUAUCAUCAUCAAAGCUACCACUGAGAAUGGGCCCACGUUCACUGGGAACACCCCCUACAGUGGAUCGGUGUAUGAAAACCAGACCCCAGGGACCAGUGUAUCUGUUCAAGUGCAGGCCAGUUCCCCAGGAGCUCAAGUAGAAUACUACAUCACAGGGAUUACCUCCAGUGGUCAACAAAUGCCCAGGUAUUUCGCUAUUGACCGACAGACAGGUGUAGUGACCACAGCAGUGUCCCUGGACUAUGAUCUUGGACAGCAUAGUUUCAGUGUUGAUGUUUAUGCCAUAGAUGUAUCUGGCAGUACCAGCAAGACAAGGAAAACACAGGUCUCUAUCACCUUACUAGACCAGAAUGACACCCCUCCCUCCUUUGGGUCAUCUCUGUAUGAAGUGAAUGUCCCUGAAGAUGUCCAGCCUGGCUACGUGGUGGCCAGUCUUGUGGCUCAAGAUGUGGACAGUGAGGGGACAGUGACCUACCGUAUCUCUAGCGGAGACCUGAGUGUGUUCCAAGUGAACGGAAAUACAG